AUGACUCUGGGGUUUGAGAUCUAUAUUGCACAUUAUGUAGAAACUGAUGUGUUAGAGAAUCCACUCACCUGGCUGUCUGGGAAGGAUAAAAACAGCCCCAAUUACACCUGCAGAAGAGACAGCAAAGCUUUAGCAGUACUCACAGGAUCGUCAAGCACAUCUAUCCCAAUCAGGACACUGCUGGACCUCUACAAACUUCCACAGUUCACCUUUGGGUCUUUUGAUCCUCUCCUGGGUGACCAUAGACAGUUUGAUGCUAUCUAUCAGAUGGCUGCCAAGGACUCAUCUUUAGCCCUGGCCAUGGUCUCCUUGAUGGUUCAUUUCAGCUGGACCUGGGUGGGACUGUUCAUCACCGAAGACGACUAUGGUGUGUGGUUCCUCUCAGAAUUGAGAGAGGAGAUGGGCAGGAAUGGAGUCUGUUUUGCCUUUGAGAACACAAUCCAGACCAAUGCAGUCUCCGAUUUCUCAAGUGAUCCAUCAGUGUAUCGCCAUAUUAUAGAAUCCUCAACCAACCUACAUCUCUUCUUGAAGAAGAUCCAAUUUACCAAUCCUGCCGGAGAACAAGUAGUUUUGAAUGAGCAAAAGAAAUUGGAAGCAGAAUAUGACAUUGUGAGCUUUUGGAAUUUUCCAGAAGGUCUUGGACAAAGGAUUAAUAGUGAUUCUCACUUCUCACCAGACAUGAACCAAUGUGUGAAGUGUCCAGAUCAUCACUUUGCCAACACCGAAAGAAACUGCUGCCUGAUGAAAGCUGAAAGCUUCUUGACUUAUGAAGACCCCUUGGGCAUGGGUCUGGCCUGCAUGGCUCUCUGCUUCUCUGCACUCACCUGUGCUGUUCUUGGAGUCUUUGUCAAGCACCAAGACACCCCCAUUGUCAAGGCCAAUAACCGGGCCCUCAGCUACCUCCUGCUCACCUCCCUCACCUGCUGCUUCCUCUGCUCCUUGCUUUUCCUUGGCCGUCCCCACACAGCCUCGUGCAUCCUACAACACACCACAUUUGCAGUGGUCUUCACUGUGGCUGUCUCCACGGUCCUGGCCAAGACCAUCACUGUGGUUCUGGCCUUCACACUCACUGCUCCUGGGAGAAGCACGAGGCAGUGGCUGGUGUCCCAGGCUCCUAACCUCAUCAUCCCCAUCUGCACUCUCAUCCAGGUGACUCUCUGUGGCCUGUGGCUGGGAAUCUCUCCUCCCUUUGUGGACACAGAUGAACACUCUGAACAUGGCCACAUCAUCAUCCUGUGCAACAUGGGUUCUCCCAUCACCUUCUACUGUGUCCUGGGAUACCUGGGCUUCCUAGCCAUGGCCAGCUUCACGAUGGCUUUUCUGGUCCGGAACCUGCCUGACACCUUCAAUGAGGCCAAGUUCCUGACCCUCAGCACGCUGGUGUUCUGCAGUGUGUGGCUCACCUUCCUGCCUGUCUACCACAGUGCAAAGGGGAAGGUCAUGGUGGCUGUGGAGGUCUUCUCCAUCUUGGUCUCCAGUGCAGGCCUCCUGGGCUGCAUCUUUGCCCCCAAGUGCUACAUCAUCUUGAUGAGACCUGAGAGAAAUACUUUGCAAAGAUUUGGGAAGAGAUCACAAUCUGGAAGAAAUGAACCUUAA